AUGGAGGCGUGGAAACGGUCAGCCGAUACAUGGGUCCAAUCCAAGACCCGGUGCCGUCGGUCAACUGCAAACAUAUUGAAUCGAUCAGCAAGUAAAUUACAUGAGACGUCCGAGCGAUUUUACCGACAUUCACUUCCGCCAGAGAGGAUGUGCGAUGAAAACAAGGAGGAAGUGACACCUGAACUGGACGAAACUACGGCAUCAACAUCACCAACACAAUAUUCACAACACUCUCCUUCACCAAAGUCACCUCAACACUCCCAAUCACCCCGAUCACUGCCCCAGACAGAGACAGACUCGGUGGAACCGAAGCACGCGUCGAUCAACAUUCCAGAGACCACUCAGAAGACACCGGAGAAGCAACUCCUACAGCUGCUCAAUCAGACGGAUCAAGUGGUGUACAAAGCAAGUCAAGCCAGGCGACUGAGAAACUCCCAAGCCGAGUCCCUCGGCGAGAUCGAACACAGCUGGAUUAGCUCCACCAUUUCCGAUGCAGACAACGCAGCAAGGGAUUUGACCAAGCUGUUGGAGCCAUAUCGACUCGACAUGGUGAGGCACAAGGGCAAGAUGAAAGGGGCAAACCGCAAGCGCUGGUCCCUCGAAGACUCUCAGCUUGCUCGAGAAAGGCUAUCCGGGUUGACUCUGUUCCAGAGCAGGUUGGACAGGGCGGUCGACCAUCUAAAAGGAGUUAUAAGUCACCCAGAAUCUCCACAAGCAAUUGAUAGCGAUAUUGUUUCCGAGCUUCCAACCGAGACUCGGGAGAACACACCACCCUACGUUGAAUUGCCCUGUGAGCCGUCAUCUUUCGAGUCCCAGUCUGCAACGAUCAUUGCGGAGCUUUCUGAGAACACUCCCAUCAACUUCGGUUCUCCAACUCCACUGCCGAAAAUCAUUGUCACCCAGCCUCCGGAUGAGAUAAUGCUCGAGCAUACCGAAAGCCCCGAUGAAGGGCAGGCGAAUCAUGAAAGCCACGAAAUGGAUGAAGCGCUUUAUUGGGACCAAACACGAAACAGCAUUCAGAUACAGCAAUCCGAGUCUUUUUCAAAUAUUAUCGCCAAGAUGGAGCUCACGAGGGUGGAAUGA